UCCCUUUGUUCAGCUAUCCCGCGUUUCAGAGAUGCCCUGUCAACCCGAAGUCUGAGGGAGGCUGGCCGGACCAAAUACACGUGUUUCUCGUGUGAAUGCCUAGUCUAGACGCCAACCGGCCACACUCGUUUCCGCCAUGCGAAUGCCGAGCUUAAAGUCCCAAUAUCAUGCGCCCACAUUGGUUGCACACACUUAUUGACCGGUUUGAACCCAAUGAUAUCCCGUCUCGCAAGUUUCAAGCGCAAGACUAGGCGGGCACCGAAGAAGAAGACCACCCGUUUGCUUGCACUCAGUCCGCAAGAUACGGUCUAUCAACAACUGGACAAGCACUUUCGCGAGUCGUGGAUCCACCCCGGGAAGCCCAAGCCCCAAGUUCACGCCAUCUUCGAGAUCGUAUUAACGGAGGAGAGCUUGAUGUCGUAUCUGCGCUACCGAGCGCUAGUUGAGCUAUCUCAUGUAGCCAGGCAUGCCAACGAGCAGCUGUUGUUCCAUGGAACGGCACGGAGCUGUCUGCUAGGCGACCAGCGCGCCAAAGCUCAAUUGUGCGAAUUGGACGCAUGUCUCCUGUGUUCGGUGCUGAGAGAUUCGUUUGACACAUCUCAAUGUGGCAAGCGACACAAGUUCCGCAGAUUUGGAUCCGGGAUAUACACUACGUCUUGUUCAUCCAAAGCAGAUGACUACUUCACCGGUGUUGCUGAAUCCCCUUUUCGCGUGUUGUUAGUGAACAGAGUGGUCGUGGGCAACGCUCUGAUGCGGCACUACAAUGCGGUGGACCUUGUCGAGCCUCCUUCUGGGUAUCACUCCAUUGUCGGCGAACCUGGCGGAGAUCUCAACUAUGCCGAAACUGUGGUGUACACCAACGAUGCCAUCCGACCUGCAUAUUUGAUGGUUUAUGCUGCUGCUGACUAUCAUCAGGAAGUGGCUGUCGCUGAUCUCAGCUCGAUUUUGUCUACAUUGUUCAACACGCCUGUCAUUGCUAGAUGACGAAUUGACACAGUCCAUGGUUCACCAGACUGAAUGCGUGCCAACUCGCUCGUCUUCUCCUAGCUGUAAGAUGUGGCGAUCGCUGUGCACGUCAGCAGUAUCGACAAGUUUGCGAAUAACUGGAAGAUGCUUAGAUGCGAUGCCCAGUUCUGCGCAUUCGCUUCGAGACGGCUGACUGCUCU